AUGCAGCUACAUCUCCUCUCAGACUUUCCUGUUGUCCUAGUUCAUCUUUUUUUUUAAAGUUUAAUAAAACAACAACAAUGUGUUCAGCUGAGAGUCUGAGAGAGUUUAUCAACCAGCGACUAACGGCUGCUGCGGAAGACAUUUUUGUAGUUUUUAAAAGAACUAUCGUCGAGUACGAGGAAGAGAUCGAUCGUCAGCGCAGACUGCUGGAUAUCGUUUGGAAACCUCACAUCAUCUUACACAGAGCAGAUGUCCCACAGCAACUUGUGUGUAAGGAGGAGGAGGAUGAGGUUCUGGCUGACCAGGAGAGGAACUGCAGUCCGGACCAAGAGGAUCCAGAGCCUCCACAGAUUAAAGAGGAGCAGGAGGGACUUUGCAGCAGUCAGCAGGGAGAGCAGCUCGUACUGAAGCAGGAGACUGACACAUCCAUGAUGACUCUUACUCAUCAGGAGAGAGACCACAGUGAAGAACAACUACUAAAUAAACACCAGCUCCUUUCUGACAACUCUCAGGAUGCUGAGAAUCAAGAUCCCAAAGGCAGCGAGCUCAAAGACUCAGAAUCAACAAGAAAAAACACUAAAACAUCAGAGACUGAUUCUAAUUCUCAACAAAGUCAAACGUCUUUCAAAUGUGACACAUGUGGGGAAGCUUUUGAGCAUAAAUCAGAAUUACUGACACAUUAGCGUGUCGUGCACUCAGGUCAGGAGACGCAUACUUGCAACAAUUGUGGGAAAGUAUUGAGUUUCAAGUCAGAACUGAUGAUUCAUACAAGAACACACACAGGUGAGAAGACUUACUCCUGCAGCACCUGUGGGAAAAGAUUCUCUCAUUCCUCUCAUUUGAAAGUUCACUAUAUAACUCAUACAGACGAGAGGCCGUUUACUUGCAGAACAUUUGGAAGAACCUACAGAUUUAGUUGUGAUCUGAGGAAACAGGUGAGAAGUGCCCACACAGGUGAGAUACCACACUCCUGUGGCUCCUGUGGGAAAAGAUUCUUUAGACGAUCAAACUUGAACAGGACGCACACAGCUGGAUAGCAGUUUACCUGCACGACACAUCUUUAAAUCAAAGAGGUUUACAGUCCAUGUGAGAAGACACGCUCCUACACCACAUGUGGAAAAAAGAUUCUUUCAGAGGACAAACCUGAAACAUCACAGAAGAACUCAAACAGGUCAUCCAUCAUUCACCAAGACAAGCUCUUUGAAUAAGCACGUGAGAAUUCACACAGGUUGAAAAGCGUCUGCAUUCAGAGUUCUUGGUGACCUGACAGUUCACAGGAGAAGGCCCUUUUUCAAACCACACCCUACACCCUCCCCCUCUGUGACGGAGUGCACUCCGUCAGAAGUCACACUCUCAGCUGAAUGAAGUCUCCUUCAUCGAGGUGUAGGUAGAAAUACAGCGGCAGGCUUUGGGAAAAACUUCCCUCUCACAGGUGGAAACGGGAACUGUAUGUUACCAUGGUUACUCAGCGGUAUCUUCAAUUCAAUCAAUCAAUCAAUUUUUAUUUGUAUAGCGUCAAGUGUUAUCUCGAGACACUUUACAAAAAGCAGUUAAAAGACCUUACUUAUUGUUAUGUUACAAAAAGCAGGUAAAAGACCUUACUUAUUGUUAUGUUACAAAAAGCAGGUAAAAGACCUUACUUAUUGUUAUGUUUUUUUUUGUUGCCUAGCUAAUGCAUUCUGUAAAAAUCUUAAUGUAGCCUAGAUUCUUCUUCUUCUUUAGUUAUAUUAGUGUAGACUUAUAACAAAACUAUUAGAUUGAGCCUACAUUGUUUAUUGUCAUUUAUAAUUUCAGUUAAUUUAUUGUAAUGUUUAGAUCAGGGUGUCCUAAAUUAAUGCAAAGACAAGGAUAAUAUUGUUGAACAUCAGAGCAGCAAAAAGUGUAUUUUUUAUUGUUGAAUUGAGAUUUCACAAAGACAUCAAAAGUAGAAAAAUAAGAAAUAAAUGUUAACAGUGAAAAGUUCUCUGCAACAUGAUUUAAUAUUAUUUUGUUUUUGCAACAGUCCCUGUAAAUAUAAAAUACUUUAAAUAAACAUAUAUUUGAUCCUCAGUACACAUUUGAAGUUGUUAACGUCUGUAUGAUGAUAUUAAAUGUCUAUCUUGAACUCACAGGUUGCUGUCUCCAUGACGACCGGACACAAUAGGUGUUGCACGUGAUCCGAAAGUCGGCAUCGGUGCACACUCGCUGGUGGAGGGUUUUACAACCCACUACCACUCCCCGCUAAUUGGUUUGGGACGGACUUAAUAUGAACUCUUUUGUUCACCCGUUAAUCCUAAAAUAAAAGUUGAAUCACAGAUCCUGUUUAAAAUCACGUGUCUCAUGUUUGUGUCUUUGUAUCGUCUCUUUAAAUUUCAUGUUGCACAUGAAGCUUCUGUGUUGUCGGACAAAUCAAUCAAUCUUAAAUUAUUGUUAAUAUUUAAUAAAUCUUUGUAUUUAAACAAAUGGAGGUGUGCUCUGUCUCUGGUCACUUCCUGUCAUCACCUGUGCUCUACCUCUGGUCACUUCCUGUCAUCACCUGUGCUCUGUCUCUGGUCAUUUCCUGUCAGCACCUGUGCUCUGUCCCUGGUCACUUCCUGUCAGUACCUGUGCUCUGUCUCUGGUCACUUCCUGUCAUCACCUGUGCUCUAC